GUCACCGCCCACGCUCACCGCCUCCCCGUCCUCUCCGUCUCCCGUCGCGUACCCGCCUCUGUCCCGCUGGCCACCGUCGACAUCUCCUCGACGGUGUCUGUGUGCCGUAGACGAUAGACUUGCCCUCGGAUGCUUACUCGGCUCGGCCGUCACGCGUCUUCAAACGUCCGAGCGUGUCUCGCCGCUUUACCUUCUUCGGCCUCGACUUCAAAAAGACCAUGGACUCACGACGAGCAACGACGACGUAAUAAUGGCAUGACGAGGAUGACACGUCCGGACCCACGCGAAUACUGCACGAACACCGUCGCACGCGCAUCACAAGAGAAAGAGCCGGAUCGCGAGGAUGGAAAAGACACUGUCGCCGCAGGGGAGACGGGAGACAAAGACCUACGAGUACACCAAACGGAGCAUGCUGUCAUAUCUACAUUUGAUUGUUCAGUAUCGGAGUUGGCCAAGUUCGUCGCAUACGGUGGGACCGAUGCGCGCGGGGAAGAUUUUAUCAACGACUUGAUCGAGUUGGAACUUCUGGACAAGGUCAAGACCGUGAAGAUUACUUUGUAUGGCUCUUUGGCCGCUACAGGCACACACCACACCCCGCAAGCUAUCCUCCUCGGCCUGGAAGGCUCCGACCCCGAGACGAUCGACACGGGUACCAUUCCGCCACGUUAUGCGAACAUCAUUUCGCAAAAGACUCUACUCCUCGGUGGGAAGCACCGCAUCGUGUACGAGCCCGAGCGCGACAUGGUCUGGCGCUGGGACGAGGUCCUCAAGACACACCCGAACGGGAUGCGGUUUGCGGUGUUUGGUGAGGAGGGCGAACUGCUUGCCACGAAUGAGUAUUUAGGUGGAUUUGUGGUGAACGAGAAAACGAAAGGGCGUGACAAGAGUGCGGUACACGGCGCGCGGUUACACCAGACCCACAGUCUGUCUGAACCCAACGAAGAAGCCCCGGAGCAGGAACGCGAUCCCAGCCAACCCCCGUAUCCAUUCCAUUCUGGAGAAAGUCUCCUUGCGCUCACGCAUAAGCACAACAUGACCAUCGCGCAGAUUGUGUACGACAACGAGAUGCACUUCGGGUACACGCACGGAGAGGUACACGAGAAGAUCACGCGCAUCUGGAGCGUGAUGGACGACUGCAUCCGCACGGGCGUGUCCUCCUCCGAGACGACGCUCCCCGGCCGCCUCCAGCUCCGCCGGCGCGCGCCCAUCCUCUACCGCCGGCUCAUGCGCGGAUUCUACCCCGGCCUCGUCUCGCCCACAUCGCGACACCCACAAAUCGGCGCGGGCGCUGGCCCCGCAGGUCAUCUCAGCGGGCCCGAAGACGAGGAGGCCGCCCCGCCCCAAGCCGAGGGCAGCAAGCUCGGGAAAGGGAAGGGCGCCGUUGGGAAGGCAGCGCGUCCCGCGCGGGUGGUGGGUGCGCUUGACCACGCGAUCCUGCCUAUGCCUCCGCGCAAGACGACGAUCCCGGCGAUGGACUUCCUCUCGUGCUACGCGAUCGCGGUGAACGAGGUGAACGCGAGCGGCGGGCGGAUCGUCACGAGCCCGACGAACGGCGCGGCGGGGGUCAUACCCGCGGUGCUGAAGUAUAUCAUCGAGUUCGUGAGCGACGACCCGGAGAAGAGCGUGGUGACGUUCUUGCUGACUGCCUCCGCGAUCGGCAUGCUAUUCAAGCGCGGGAGCACGAUCUCUGCCGCUGAGGGCGGGUGUCAGGCUGAGUGGGAGCUGACCUACAUGAUUGUAGUCGCGUGUUCGAUGGCGAGCGCUGGGUUUGCUGCUGUAUGGGUGGUGACCGACCCAGAGACUGUACUUCAGCACAACCUCGGCCUUACUUGUGAUCCAUCGACGGACUGGUUCAAGUCCCCUGCAUAUCUAGGUGCGGUGAAAGCCGUCACGGCCGCGCAACUCUCGAUGGCCAGCCAGAACGUAUACAGCGUGACGCUUGACGAGGCGAUCGAGGCGAUGCGUCUGACCGCCGCGGAUAUGAGUGUGAAGUAUAAGGAGACCAGUCUCUCGCGCACCGUGAAAAUUCCGUUGACUGUACCUGCUUGCUGAAUAAGCAAUGGUAGACGAAGCCCGUCUCGGGCUCAGGAUUGUAGAGACAUAGUUUCUGUCCACAUUGAUGCGUCUUGUUGUCAUAGAUGUCGCUCUCGUGCUAUCUCGUAAAGGACUGUCUUUAUAGAUCGGCUUAUGAACAACCACUGGCUAGUACAUAAUGUUGGCGUCGUUCUCGCGAUGGUUAGUAUAGUGGUAGACCGGAUGCUGUCUUCCUUGUAGUUCCGCCUAGAUCUGUGAUAUAGCGCUUUGUUACUACUAAGACUCGCUUUUUACAUUUUAUCAAGAGGACAAUAAUGCUACUGUUUGUGGAUCCAUAUGUUCUCGCA